UGAAGGCGGCUUACGUCACACAAAUGGCGGACGUUGUAAACAGAGCCAACAGCUUCUCGGAGGCCAAAGUGAAACAUCUCUUUUUAAGAUGAAUACCGUAGAGUUUGAGCGUUUAGAUAGUCUGGAGGGCUGGGUGGCCGUUAAAAGCAACAUAUUUGAAGAACCCGAGACGUUCAAGCUAGGUUUCAUCGUACAGUGGAAUGUCAUCGAGUGUAAGUUUGCCGUCACCUGCCACAACCGGACGUUACAACGGCAAAAACGCAAAUCCGAAGAAGUCGCUUUCGGCGACGCUCAGAUGAGCUGGGCUGGACUCUUCUCCGUGAGCGAUUUGAAACACAUCCAUCAGCAGUUUAUAUGUGUGGCAGACGUCUUGGGGACCUGCUUCCCGGAUUUGUCAGAGUUCGAAGAGGGCAACAUUUGGGACUUGCUCUUCCUGAAUCGGAGGUCAGGUCCCGAGGACUACGACAAGAGGGAUUUUGACACGCCGUGUAGAAAACUCGAAAAAUACUUCAGCACAGCCAUUGACAUCUGCGGGCGAAAGAUUGUGCUCGAUACGUUGUUCACGCAGGAUGAGCGGGAUGUCGAUGAGUACUUUGAAAAUCUACAGGAGUUCAAGAGGAAGACCAUGCAGGAGGAGAUGUCGAGGGCCAAGGCUCACGUACGGCAGCUCCUACAGACUCAUGGCAGUGCAGACCGAAUGGUCGCGCUGCUUGACAUCUACGAGGAAGAGGACGAGGCCUACCAGGACCUGGUCACUGUGGCCACCACCUUCUUCCAGUAUCUGCUCCAACCAUUCCGGGACAUGAGAGAGCUGGCCUGCCUCUACAAGAUAGAGAUCCUGAAGUCUUUGGAGUUUGAGGACUUGGGUCCUAAGAGAAUUGCAGCUCUGGAGAAGGAGGCGGAGGAUUGGAGAACGAAAGCAGAAGAUGCAGUCGCCUCAAUUCAGGACAUCACUGUCACCUACUUUGCACAGACUUCAAAGGCUCUCAAAGGUAUGUUGAAGCAGAUGGAGGAGGAUAAGUGUCGUUUUGGAGCCGCCGCCUGGGCGUCUGCAGCUCCAAGACUGGAGAAACUACGCUUCCUUCUAGCCAAAGAAACCCUGCAGCAUAUGAGAGCCACGGAGAUGUGCCUCAACCGCAAGAAAGACGGCAUCAGAGAAAGGCUGGGUGGCUUGUCUGGCAGAAUCAAGAGCCACAAAACUGAUUCCAGGUCUGCGUCUAAGUACGGUCAGCAGCAGGACACGGUGGACGAGCUGGAGCUGGAAUUCUAUGAAACCCAACUAGAACUGUACAACACCAAGUUUGAGAUCCUGAAGAAUGAGGAGCAGCUGCUGGUGGCUCAGAUAGACACGCUGCGACGGCAGAUCAAAGAGCUGAAGGAGGAGGUGGUGUACUAUGAUGUGUGCGAGGAUGCAGAGGAGCUGCAGAGCAUGGUCCGCACAGAUAUUCAAAUAACGGACUCUCCGGCUGUCAGCCUGCUCAAAACACGCCUACAGACCUUGGAGACCAAGAGAGGCAACAUCUGUGCCCGACGAGCUUAUCUCCGCAACAAAAAGGAUCAGUGCAUAGAGGCCAACGAGCAGAAGAGGCUGCCCGCCAAGCAGAGCUCUAUACUCUUCAACCAGCAUCAUCAGGUCCACCUGAAACGAGAGAAGAGGAAAGAGGAGGAGCAGCAGAGGAAACAGUGGGUGGACCAGGAACGAGAGAAGACUCUGAGCAGAUUACGAUCCUUUAGAGAGAGGCGGCAGGGCCAGUACAUGCUGAAGACUCCUCAUUCCAGGAUGUCUCCUUCAGAAGUCCCAGUUCCCUCCCAGCCGCUGUCCAUCAUCAGCCUCGGCCCCUCAGAAGGACCGUCCUCUGUCCGUCCUGCACCCAGGCGCAAUAAAACACCCAAAAAAGAGCAGCCCAAGGACAUCCCUAUCCAAAUCUUCUCUGCACAGCCACCGCCAACAACCACUUGUCCUACUGCACCUCCUCCCCCACCACCACCACCACCUCCACCUCCCCCACCACUGCCCCCUGCCAUAUAUCCUCCACCUGUCCAAGCUUUGCCUUCCUCUAAAGACACACCAAUGCCUCUCAGUGAAAAAGAUGACCCUCCUUUUCCAGCCAAGAACAUGCUCAAACAAAAUAUAGGAACGAUGGAUCAAGUGUUGGCCUCAUUGCAACGUGGACAGAUCCAACUUCGAAAGGUCCCCGUUCCCGGCGCAGCGUCGCCAGCUGAGGACUCGAGGAGCAGUCUGAUGUCUGCCAUCCGACUGGGAGUCACCCUGAAGAAGAUGGUACGCGCACCCGAUGAAGUCCCGAGCGGCGGAGACAACGAGCUGGAGCGCAGCAUCAAAGCCGCCAUGAUGAGGAUGAAGAAGGUGGCAGCCGACUCCGACGAGGAUGACAGAGGAGACGACGAGACGCACAAUACGGACUGGGACAGCUGAGAACUAGGCACUGCGCAAUUAAUCGAAUAUUAAUCGUGAUCACGAUUUUGGCUUCCCAGACUGCGCGAUAUUGAUCUCUGCACACAUCAGACGGCUUGAUAAUAACUUAUUUUGAUGCAAAGACUUGUACAUUAGCAGGAAUGUAGCACAACAAGUGAAAGCAGCGCUCUGUUCAUUUAAAUUUAAAAGUGCAAUAAAAAUAUUUCCUCC